AUCUUCGUUUGCUUCUUCUACGCAGUGCAAACACAAGUUAUAGAAGAUUGAUUGAGUUAGUUUUUUAUAAUGGAAACUGUAAAUACUCCGAAUUUAGCGGAGCAAAAUAAUGUGGAAAAAUCAAUUAUUUCAACACCGAUUUUAAAAAGAUUACCGAUUGAAUUACAAAAUAGUCAAAAUCGAAGAAGUUCGUCCCGUUCAAUUAAGCGCAAAAGGUUUGAUGAUGAAAUAGUGGAGUACAGUAUAAGUGUUGCACAGUCACGAGCUGAACCAACUAGAUUCGGCCGUGGGCGAAUUCCUACACUACCGUUCCUAGCGCAUGUAUUUCAACCAGGGCUUGUACCACCUGAGGUGUUGACAAAAAAAGAAAAUUCAUCAGAAAGUGCAUCAAGUGUUGCAACACCACCAAUAGUUAUAGCAAAUAGUGCUGCUGCAAAUAUCCCACAACCAUCGUUGCAAAGUCUUGCAUACGAGCGUAAUCCAAGUUCAACAAUGGCUGAUAGACGUCGCCAGCCGCGUAUGAAUAGAAGAUCAAAGAAGAAUGGUCGUACAGCUAAUGUGUAUACAGUUAGGGAUCUCGGGCGUUUUAAACCUAUCGAUGAUCUCGCAUUACUCACAAAUAUACUUCUAACAAAUGAUAUACGUGUUGUACACCGUGGUGUGAAAUUUUCGUGCAAAUUUACUUUGCAUGAGUUGCAGAGCCGUUGGUCUUCUUUAUUACAUGAGCCAGCAAUAUCAAGAAUUGCAAUCGCUGCAAUGCGCAAUUUGCAUCCGGAGUUAAUUGAAUCAGUUCAACGUAAAGCUAUGUUUAGUGUAGCAGAAGAGGAAAUACUGGGUACAAUUAAAAGUAAAGACAAUCCUAAACUAGAACAAUUUGAGGAAUUGCUGAAUAAGUAUCGCACUGUUUUUUAUAAGGCUCGUACAGCAAAAUCAUUGCAAUGUCAUUGGCAUAAAAUGAAGCAAUAUUUGCUUUUACCUGAUCAAGACAUAAGACCACUUUGUGAUAACUUAGAGCCAAUGAGUUUCUCUGAUGCAGAGGAAAUAGUGGUGGAUAAUGAAUCCUUGGAACCGCGUGACGAAGUUCUUGAAAUUGAACUUGCAUUAGCUGAUCGUCGAGAUAAGAGAGAAAUACGUAUACUUGAGAACGAACUCAGCCGUUGGAAUGUGCUUGUUGAUUCCAUACUUGGUAUUGCUACAGCUCCUGAGUUUGAUAGUCAAACAUUGGCUAUAUUACGCGGACGUCUUGUACGGUAUUUGAUGCGUUCCAAAGAAAUAACAUUUGGUCGGGAUGCAAGAGAUUGUCUUGUUGAUGUAAAUCUCUCAUUGGAGGGUUCGGCAUCUAAAAUCUCACGUCGCCAAGGUACCAUUAAAUUGCGUAGCAAUGGCGAUUUCUUCAUUUCUAAUGAAGGUAGACGACCAAUUUUUAUUGAUGGCACUCCUCUGCUCUCAGGCAACAAAACACGUCUUUCAAACAAUUGCAUGGUAGAAAUAUGUGGUUUACGCUUCGUUUUUCUUGUUAAUUAUGAACUAAUAAAUGCUAUUCGACACGAGAGUGCCAAGACAACUGCAGCUUUAAAUUAAGUGCAUUGAUUUUCAAAUUUAUGAUUAGUUUAACAUAGUAUAAAUAAAUAACCGAAAAAGUUCAAAUAUUA